UUGGCUACAGUUAAAAAUCAAAGUGUUUAGGUGACCGGUCGUUUGAUUUUCAAAGGGAGUUGGUGCGUCUUUUGUGUUGGCUGCACUUCUUGUGUAUGUGUUGUUCAUCCCACCAACCCAACACUGUGUUCUCUGGCGAAGCCCCAGUUCAGUCCCAGACUCUCUCUAUUCGAGAUGGAAGGUGAUUCUAUGGUAAAUGUGACAUUGGAGAAUGAUAAUCGAGGGACUUCUUGUGAUAAGGAGAGAGUUGAUGGUGACAAAGUAGAGGAACACAAUGUCGGAGGGUUAGGGAAUGAAGAAGUAGAAACACCCAGGGCCGGGAUGGUGUUUGUCUCUCCGGAAGAGGUUCGUAAUUACUAUAGCAAGUUUGCUCAGCGUGAAGGCUUUGGUAUAUACAGAAGAAGUUCAAGGUGUAGGGAUGAUGGCAAGUUAAAUUACUUUACUCUUGCAUGUGCAAGAGCUGGAAAGCGGGAAAGCACGGCAAAGAAAAAGUUUUCAUUGAGACAGUCUCCUAAAACGAAUUGCAAAGCCAAAGUUAAUGUUGCACUUGGCUCUGAUGGGAAGUUCCAUCUGUGUCAUGUCAUUCUUGAACAUAAUCAUGAACUGAGUCCAGGGAUGUUUCAUAGUAAUAGAUGCAAAAAAAGUGGGGGUCCUCGAGCACAAAGGAGAAGUAAAGCAAAAGAUCCAGCGGAAGCAAUAGUGCACCAAGAUUAUCCUUCUCUUGUUGGUGUAGCUACAAGCUGUGAAAUUAUACCAUCAGUUGAUUCUGCAGUGGAAGGAGUCAAUGUUACUAAACAGUUAGCAAAUGGUGACAAGCAUCACCUAUUCCCAAAUACUGGCCAUCCUACAUCUGAAAGCACGCUCAAUCAUCUAAAGAGAAGAAGUUCAGCCCUUGAGAACUCCCAAAACUGUACUUAUGUAAAUCUGUUUGUAAUUGCCUGUGAAUGUGUUUUUGGGACAAGGACAUCUAUCACUGAUUUGUAUGUCAACAUUGGCAUGGUGUGUUACUUCAUGGACUGGUUAACACAAGAUGUUUUUAAGCUUGCCCUUGCUAAGAAGGCUGUGGAACUUGUGAAAUCUGGAAUGGUGAUUGGACUGGGAACAGGAGGUACAUCUCUCGUCAUUGAAGAGCUUGGAAAACUAAUUGGUGAAGGAAAGUUGAAAGACAUUGUUGCAGUUGGAGCAAACUACCAUUCACGACUUCUAGCUAAACAGUUUGGUUUGAGAACGGUUGAUUUGAAUGAUGUUGAUAACAUUGACAUUGUGUUUGACGGGGUAGAUGAAGUGGACUUCAAUAAAAACCUGUUAAAGGGAGGGGAAGCUGCUCAUACUGUUCAGAAGGUGGUUUAUUCCAUGGCAAAUGUGUGCAUAAUAUUAGCGGAACACACAAAGGUUGUUCAUCGGCUUGGUAGCAAGUUUCCAGUCGCGGUUGAAGUUCUCCCACUUGCCACAUCACCUGUUUCAAGGCGGCUCAUUGCUCUUGGAGGAGUUCCUGAAAUUCGAUCUGCCCUAAGGAAGGAUGGUCCAGUUAUCACAGAUCUUGGGAAUAUGAUUAUAGAUGUGAGCUUCCCGAAUGGGAUACAGAACCCAGCUGAGCUUGAGAAGAACAUCAAUGUGAUACCGGGUGUAGUUGAUAAUGGCAUUGUUUCUGGGGUUGCAACAUCUGUGCUGGUUGCAGUUAGAGAUGGCGGUCAUGUCAAUGUGAUGAACUUGGAGGAGUUUGUUGAAGUUGUGCUUGGCUGGAGAUAUGCAACUUCUACCUUGUAACCAGUUUGAGUGGCACCCUGCUUUAUUAAGAAAUACUUAACCAUUUAGUCAGGAGAGGGAGAUAGAAAGGGUUUGAUAGGCAUGCAGCCCUUGGACAUGUUUUUGACAGGAGAAAUCACUGAUCUGAACAUCUAGUAAUGAAGUUCGCUUUAUUUAGGAAGACUUCUUGUAAUCUAUCGGUUAUUUUUACUAUUUCAAGUUGCUGUAUGGUGGAUA